AUGGAAAAGGUGCGAGGCAGAGCGAGCGACAUUGAAUUGCUCUACCAUAUCGCUUCUCCAUUGGCUGCGGAGGAAGUCCUCCCGCUUUGCGGGCGAUACAGAGCCAGAACCCAUCUCGAGGUUGGACACAUAGCACAACUACCUUCUUUCAGACGCGCGCUUAACUGGCACUGGAAACGAGCGGUUGUCAACGCCUAUGUAUCCUUGGAUCGCUUCCGCCAGGUUAUCAGUAUCCUAUCGUCGAUAGGCCUACAUGCUGGGGCUGUUAUAACUUGUUCCUUCCAACAUAUCUCGUGCUUCAAGCUUACCGUCGACCGACAACCCGUUUUUGUCAUCUUCGACUCGCAUACGAAUAAUGCCCACCCAGAAGGUGCAGCAUUCAUCAUUAGCCCGUCUGUUCACGAUACGGCAAGAUAUCUGACUCGGCUCUACACCGAAUUGUCAUCCCAAAACAUGUUCUCGGCGCAUUUCUUCACUGAUCAGUCAGAGAACAUUGUAACAUACCAGGAGCUGUCUACCGAUGUCGGCUGGCUCUCUUGGACUCACGAGACUCACGACUCCAAGUAG